UUGUGGAGAUAAAAGGUCACGAAUUAAUUCUCCGCGAUAACCAAUUGUGUGACUAUCCCACUGCUUUGAUACCAUGUUUUUCUUUGCAGUCACAAUUCUAGUGCCAACUGUUAUUUUGGCCAAGGCGCCAGGUGGUCAUAACCAUGGCUAUGUGACGGACAACCCUUUACAUGUCAACAACGAGAUCCAGGAUCUGAACAUCCACUUCGGAACUCACUUCUGUCUCGACAUCUUGGUGGUUGACUGUCAUCAUCACCAAACACUUAACGACGAACAGAUCUGUGGUUCUGACGGUCACACAUAUGCCAAUCACUGCGAAUUUGCACACGCCAUGUGCAUGUUCUCUCAUCUGAUAAUAAAGAGCCAUGGACCUUGUAAUAGUGCAACCCGACCACCUACAACAAUGGCUUCUGGAUCAACCAUGCCAGCACUUACUACCAUGAAGCCAGUAGACACCACCAUGAAGCCAGUGGACACCACCAUGAUGCCAGUAGACACCACCAUGAUGCCACCAGACACCACCAUGAUGCCAGUAGAUACCACCACAGUGGAUAUGACUACAUCAGCAAUGUCCACCACCACAACACAGAGCCAGGAGACCGUGCUUUUCCAGCAAGUUUUCUGUAGAAACAAAGAUUUUAUUCACUGCCCAACAACCGUUACACCAACCUGUGCUUCAAACGGCAUGAUGUUCAACAGCGGAUGCGAAUUCUCCAAAGCAAAAUGUGACGAUAUUACACUUACUCAGGUUGAUGUUAGCAUGUGUUCAACUCCAGUUGUUGGAUAAGACAUAAUAAAUAUUUAUAUCAUAUCAACUUCUGUUUUGUU